GCGUCUGCAGCCCGACCUGAGACAACUCCCACGUACCCGCAGACCCACUUCCUGCUUUUGUCCAACCCUUUCUUCCUCAACAAAUUACAGGAUCAUUCCACUACAACCUCUUUUGAUAUUCUAGCUCAGAUAAUUUUGCACUGAUAUUGGGAGUGUAGUCACAGAGUCAUAAAAUGGCUGGAAAAUUCGUGAGAUCGAGUAAAUUUCGUCAUGUCUUCGGGACAUCGGCAAAGGCAGAGCAGCAGUUCACUUUUAUCCGCGGUGUCAAUGAUGGAACAACGGACGGACACAUCUGUGCAGUCAACCCAAAGUUUGUGGCCCUUGCCACGAAACCUCAAGGCGGAGGUGCCUUCCUUGUAUUCAAGCUUGAUGAGCCUUCUCGGGUUGACCCUGAUCACCCUCAGGUCAGAGGUCACAAGGGUAAAGUGCUUGACCUAGCGUGGAAUCCAUUUGACGAUAACAUCAUCGCCAGCGGGGAUGAGUAUGCAGCCGUAUACCUGUGGAACAUCCCGGACGAAGGUCUUGACGCAGAGAAAGCUCUCGAGCCGAUGUUGAAACUUGACUACCAUGAGAAGAAGAUUGUCAAGCUCAUGUGGCAUCCAACAGCAGAGAAUAUCCUUAUGACAGCUGCUCAAGAUUGCAAAGUCUUGAUCUGGAAUCUUGAGAGCGCCAGCGUGAUUACAGAAGUCCCCCUACCAGACAUGCCUUUUGGGGUUGCCUUCGACUACAAUGGCGGUCGCUUUGCAGUCACAGCCAAGGACAAGAAGAUUCGCGUGUUCGACUCUCACAGUGGUGCCUUGCAAAAGGAAUGGGACGGACAUGAGGGCUCAAAACCACAGAUGGUUACGUUCGUCAAACAGGGAAUAUUUACUACUGGUUUCGACAAAAUGAGUGCCCGGCAAUUUGCACUCUGGGAUGAGAAAACUGGAAAGAACAAAGAACUUGAUGAAAUCGAUCAAUCUAACGGAGUUAAUGUUAUAACCUAUGAUAGGGAUACUGGCAUGAUCUACCUAGCAGCUAAGGGUGACUCCGUAAUCCGCUACUACGAGAUCACAGACGAGGCGCCCUACAUCUUCUGGUUAAGUUCUUUCCAGGAGAAGCCUCAGACGUUCGCGGCAGCAAUGCCCAAGCGAGGCUGUGACGUGAAUCAGAAUGAGGUCAUGCGAUUUUACCGCAUCGAGAAAUCCUCCAAGGGAAACACAAAUCACUUUGUCGUUAUCCCCACGGCGAUGACAGUACCCAGAAAGUCGGAUCUCUUUCAAGAUGACUUGUUCCCAGACACCCCCGGGUACGAGGCAGCACUAACCGCUGAUCAGUGGGAGGAGGGUGCAACUAAAGACCCCAUCCUGGUCUCCCUAAAGACUGCCUUCAAGCCUAAGGUGAAGGAGGUCCGUGUAGGGAAGACGGUUAACAAGGUAUCAGGGUUCACUAAGAAGGUUCACAGUGGAGACUCUUCCGCGGCAGCAUCAGGAGCCAGUAGCACAGAACUGAAGGCCCUUCAGGAUGAGGUCAAGUCCCUCAAGUCCACGGUGAGCGAGAAUACAAGCACCAUCAAGGAGCUGCAGAGCAAGCUAGACGACCUCGCCGCUAAAGUGGGCAGUUCAAAUUAGAGUGAGAGACCAUUGGAGAGCGAGCCAUGGGUUAACCAUGUAUGUAUGCAUUACUCAGUUCAUCAGACUAUGUCCCUCAGACUACACAUCUCAUGCACCAAUGUUCAGAUUCACCAGGGCCCAAUUUCAUAUAGCUGCUAAACACAACAAUUUGCUAAGCAUGAAAUGUUUGCCUUGAUAAAAAAA